AUGGACGACGAGUCGUGGGACGGGGCCUUUGGCCCCCCGAUGGGGGGAAGUACGCUGGCGGAUGAGCUGGGCGCGAGCGAUGCGGCGUGUGAGGUGGCGAUGGUGGAUGAGCUGGGGCCGUCGGAUGCGCUCCUGGAUGCAUGGGCUGCGCAGUGUGCUGAGAUGGAUGUCUACGUGCAGCUGGCGGCGGUGCCGCGCGAGAGUGUGCGGGCUGUGGACGGGGAUGCUGAGCUAGUGCGACUGCUGAUGCAUGUGGGCGACGAGGCGCAGGAGUGUGGUGCGCUUCUGCAGGAAUGCCACCGCCAGACGCGGCAGCUCGUGUCGCUGUGUGAGCACCGCCACCGGGAGCUGGCCUCGUAUGCGGAGGCGGCGGAGCGGCGUGUGCGCGUGCCGCGAGGCGACGACGCUGUUUGGGACGAGGCGCCGAUCUAUGCGUGUCUAGAGAGCGUGUCGUCGGGACUAUGA